AUGUCGACCGACAAGAAACCCCGUCUGCUGGUCAUUGGAGCCGGUUUUGCCGGUGUGACCUUGGCGACGAAAGUCAGCGGGUUUGCGGACGUUACCAUUGUCGAUCCAAUGCCCUACAAACUCCAGAUGGUCCCAGAGACAGCUGCUACUUUCGCAAGGCCCCUUGUGUUUCCCAACUGUUUCUUUCCUUUCACCAUGUUGUAUAUUUGUUUUUCCAGGAAAGAAUACCUGGAAAUCACCUGGGCGACCAUUCGGAGCAUCGUGGACGAGAGUGUGGCGUCGCGCGCCAUCAUUAGCUUGAAGGAGAUUCCCAACAUCGGCCGGGUCGUGCAAGCGACAGUAACGCGCCUCGCGCCCAAGGAGGCCCUUCUGAGCACAGGCGAGACCCUGACGUUCGAUUACGCGGCCAUCUGUACGGGAUCGUCGUACAGUGACGCCUUCAAGUCGUCCGCCUCUGUCACCCGGGAACAGCGACUGGCGGAGCUCAAGGUCUACAACGAAGCCAUCCGAGCUGCGAAGUCCAUUGUGGUUGUGGGCGGCGGUCCGUCCGGUGUCGAGGCGGCGGCUGAGGUGGUGGAGGCCUACGCCGGCAAGGCCCUCACGCUGGUGCACUCCGGGAAGCAGCUGCUGCCCACCGCCCCGCCCAAGGGUGGGGCCAAGGCCAAGAAGUUCCUCGAGUCCAGGGGUAUCAAGCAGCAUUACCAUAACAAGAGAACGCAGCAAGAUGCGCUCGGCAAAUAUGCGUUUGAAGAAGGGCGAGGCUGCCGGGUAGCCCUUGGGCGGUACAAGUGCCACAGAUAG